AUGAGAGUCCACACAGGAGACAAGCCGUUUCCUUGUGAAAUUUGUGGACAAAAAUUUAGUCAGAAGUCAAGUUUAAACUCACACAUGAGAGUACACACAGGAGACAAACCGUUUCCUUGUGAACUUUGUGAACAAAAAUUUAGUCAGAAGUCAAGUUUAAACAGACACAUGAGAGUCCACACAGGAGACAAACCGUUUCCUUGUGAUCUUUGUGGACAAAGAUUUAGUCAUAAGACAACUUUAAAUGAACACAUGAGAGUCCACACCGGAGACAAACCGUUUCCUUGUGAACUUUGUGGACAAAGCUUUAGUCAUAAAACAAAUUUAAACACACACAUGAGAGUCCAUACUGGAGACAAACCGUUUCCUUGUGACGUUUGUGGACAAAGAUUUAGUCAGAAAAUAGCUUUAAAGUCACACAUGAGAGUCCACACUGGAGACAAACCGUUUCCUUGUGAACUUUGUGGACAAAGAUUUAGUCGGAAGGACACUUUAAACUCACACAUUAGCGUCCACACAGGAGACAAACCAUAUCCUUGUGAUCUUUGU